GGUGGCGGCGCUGAGGCAGCCGGCACGGCUCGGAGGGCCUGCGGAGCCUCUCUCCCACCCGCUUCCAUAAGGCUUUGCCUUUCCAACUUCAGCUACAGUGUUAGCUAAGUUUGGAAAGAAGACCAAAAGAAGAUCCCCCGGACCCUUUUCUUUUGUUUUCUGCCCUAGUCUCGUUGGGGUCUUUUUGCACAGGCUGUUGUGUUUUUAGCGGUGCUCUCUGCAGUUCCUUGCACUCCGAUUAACAAGCACCUCAGCAAGAGCAGCUCCAGCAGCAGUAGCAGCAGAAGAGCAAGCGGGGGACGCCGGGUGUCAUGACCAGGGCAAGAGGGCAAAACGACCAGGGAGGAUGCUGUGGAUCCGUAGCAAACUUCCUGACCUCUGCAAAAUUUCUUCUCUACCUUUGUCAUUCUCUCUCUACUUGGGGAGAUCGGAUGUGGCACUUUGCAGUGUCUGUGUUCCUGGUAGAGCUCUAUGGAAACAGCCUCCUCUUGACUGCAGUCUAUGGGCUGGUGGUGGCAGGGUCUGUCCUGGUCCUAGGAGCCAUCAUUGGCGACUGGGUGGAUAAGAAUGCUCGACUUAAAGUGGCCCAGACUUCGCUGGUGGUACAGAAUGUUUCAGUCAUCCUGUGUGGAAUCAUCCUGAUGAUGGUUUUCUUACAUAAAGAUGAGCUUCUGACCAUGUACCAUGGAUGGGUUCUUACUUCCUGCUAUAUCUUGAUCAUCACUAUUGCAAACAUUGCAAAUUUGGCCAGUACUGCGACUGGAAUCACAAUCCAGAGGGAUUGGAUUGUUGUUGUUGCAGGAGAAGACAGAAGCAAGUUAGCAGAUAUGAAUGCUACAAUACGAAGGAUUGACCAGUUAACCAACAUCUUGGCCCCCAUGGCUGUUGGCCAGAUUAUGACGUUUGGCUCCACUGUCAUUGGCUGUGGUUUCAUUUCGGGAUGGAAUUUGGUGUCCAUGUGUGUGGAGUACUUUCUGCUCUGGAAGGUAUACCAGAAAACGCCUGCUCUAGCUGUGAAAGCUGCGCUUAAAGUAGAGGAAGCUGAAUUAAAACAGCUGAAUUUACACAAAGAAACUGAGCCAAAACCCCUGGAGGGAACUCAUCUAAUGGGUGAGAAAGAGCCUGACAUCCAUGAACUUGAACAUGGGCAAGAGCAGAGCUGUGCCUCCCAGCUGGCUGAGCCCUUCCGCACCUUCCGAGAUGGAUGGAUCUCCUAUUACAACCAGCGGGUGUUUCUGGCGGGCAUGGGUCUUUCCUUCCUCUAUAUGACUGUCCUGGGCUUUGAUUGUAUCACCACGGGGUACGCCUACACUCAGGGGCUGAGUGGGUCCACCCUCAGUAUUUUGAUGGGCGCAUCAGCCAUAACUGGAAUAACGGGAACUGUGGCUUUCACUUGGCUCCGUCGGAAAUGUGGCCUGGUUCGGACUGGUCUGAUCUCAGGAUUUGCACAGCUUUCCUGUUUGAUCUUGUGUGUGAUCUCCGUGUUCAUGCCUGGAAGCCCUUUGGACUUGUCUGUUUCUCCUUUUCAAGAUAUCCGUUCUAGGUUCAUUCAAGCAGAGCCACUGACCACAACUACAAAAAUACCUGAAAUCUUUACAACUGAAAUGUACACGUCAAAUGGGUCUGAUCCUGCUAGUGUUGUCCCAGAGACGAGUCUUAAAUCUGAGCCCAUUAUCUCUGUCAGUCUGCUGUUCGCAGGCGUCAUUGCUGCUAGAGUCGGUCUUUGGUCCUUUGAUUUAACUGUGACACAGUUGCUGCAAGAAAAUGUAAUUGAAUCUGAAAGAGGCAUUAUAAAUGGUGUACAGAACUCCAUGAACUAUCUUCUCGAUCUUCUGCAUUUCAUCAUGGUCAUCCUGGCUCCGAAUCCUGAAGCUUUUGGCUUGCUCGUAUUGAUUUCAGUCUCCUUUGUGGCAAUGGGCCACAUCAUGUAUUUCCGAUUUGCCCAGAAAAGUCUGGGUGACCAGCUUUUUGUCUGUGGUUCUGAUGUAAGAGAAGUUACGGAUGAAAAUCAAGCUAAUACAUCUGUUGUGUGAGACAGUUGAACUGCUGCUGCCCCUGUUACUAGAUUAUAGCGAGCACAUGUGCUUAUUUUGUACUUCAGAAUUUCAGUAAAUGGCUGGGUGUUUCUUGUUUUACCACAGCUAUACCUUGAGGGCUAAAAGCUAUUUAGGAAACCUAAGUGAGCAGUAACGAGCUGGCUAAUUUCCCUUACAUUUAAGGAUGGGAAAAGAAUCAGAAAAGAAAAACUCAAUUUCAAUAUGGAGACUAAACUGGCAAUACUGAUUUUCACUAUUUUUCAUGAGUAGAUAAAAUUUUACAGAAGAGAGUGGUUAGUCAUGUGAAUUAAGGUACUCUGGCAGAUAUUUAUGAUCUGUACCAGAAUUCAGAUGUGUCAGUUUUCUCUAAAACUCACUCUUGUUCAAAUCUAGCUAAUGUACUUUUUUUUGGUAUCUUAUUCUCAGUUAUGUUAAAAAAUCAAAUUCUGCUCCAAGUAUGAAGAUUGAAGUUUGAUAACCAGUAUUAUCCUUAUUAAUCCUAUUGAUCUUAAGGGAUUUAUAUCUGUGUGGAAAAACAAAAUAUGUAACUAGAAUUCUCUAAAAGGGUUGAUGGUUUAACGUUAGAAAGCACCUUCAUAUUUUUAUUAUCAGGGCAAAGUAUUGUAUUGAGCAUAUGUAGCACUUCAUAAAAUGGCUAUCAUGUAAGCUGCAGGUAGAAGCGAAGCUGUAAAUUUGUAACACAGUGAAUGUCUGAUGACUUCAAAUACGCCAGUAGUUUGUCCAUGGAAACUAGAAGCUCAGAGUCACACAGAAGGCCAAGAUGCAAAUUUAACUCACGCCACUGCCAUUAACGGUCUCUGUCUCAAUACGAGGGAGUUAGCUUCCAGCCUCGCAGGUGAAAUGUAGAAAGCAAGCCCAGGCUUGGAAAGGUUUUGUUUUCAUAAAUCAUUUGAUUUUACUUGGAACACGCUCGGGUAGAGAAUUUUCACUUUUACUGUUUUGUACCCAGGAGUUAUUUUUACAUAGUUGUAGAGCAAGACUGUUCAUAAAUGUAUCCCUUUCAAAUGUCUUUGAGAAGAAUGGAGGGAAAAAAAAAAGACUUUUGUAUAUAUUUAAAAAAACUGUUUUACAAGUCAUUUUGCCAUGUGCCAGUACCACCGUGGUACUUUGCCUUAACUGUUCAUGCACUUUCAUGGAGACUGCAAUACGUUGCUAUGAGCACUUUCUUUAUUCUUGAGGUUUAAUCUUUUUCUUCUUUCUAUAAUAUGACAAAAUGAUUUGCUAUUGUUGUAAAUCUUUGUGAAAUAUUUCUGUAUAAAAACGUUUAAAAAAUCUUGAUUUCUUUUUCCUGAAUUGUGUUCCCCAUUUAUUUCAUAUUGCUUUUGUUACAGAACAUCUGUUUUGGAUAAUGAAUUUUUUUCUCUAUAAAAGGCUACAGUUUCAUAAUAAU